AUGGAUGCAAGUAAAGUUCGAGCAAUUGCUAAUUGGGAGCCACCAACCAAGGUGAAGGAGUUGCGAUCUUUCCUUGGAUUAGCAAAUUAUUACAGUCGCUUCAUUGAAGGCUAUUCCAAGAUCGCUGCACCCUCGACGAAUUUUUUAAAAAAGGGUAAGGUGUGGGAUUGGGACCCUCGGUGCGAGAAAGCCUUCAACCAAGUGAAGCAAGCAAUGAUGAGUAAGCUUGUACUCGUGUUGUCGGACUUUUCAAAGGCAUAUGAGAAGGAAGUCAUGAAGGAAUGUCAUGAUUCCAAAUGGGCUGACCAUCCAAGUAUACAUCGUACUUUGACUCUCUUGGAAGAUCGGUUUUAUUGGCCUCACAUGGGUGAUGAUGUGGAGACCUAUGUGAAAACUUGUUUGGUGUGCCAACAAGAUAAGGUCGAGUUGAAGGCUCCUGCUGGCUUGUUACAACCCUUGGUCAUUCCGGAGUGCCCAUGA